AAUAUAUCCUUCAUCCACUACCACAUCUGAAAUCAGUACUUCUCCCACCGAGACGAUUGUUCCAGCUGUAACUGAAGCUGUUGGCGGAACAUCUGACGAAAUGUCCGAUGCUUGUGUGUAG